CACACUCAGUGAACAUCUCCAGGCUGACCCCUCUUCCAGACCCUCCUUCCCCUUCUCUUCCACACAGUGCACAUUCCUAGGCCUGACCUCUUCCCUAGACUCUUCACAUUCCCUCUUCCUUUCCCUGCCUUUCCCCCUGACCCCGACCCCUCCACAAUCACACACUCCACAGCUUGAGCCUCAGGAAUGCAGAUACUCUCCUCCACACCCUGCACCCACCCAGUCCAUAACCACGUCUGUCUCCCCUUGACCUUCCCUAUAUUUACACUGCACAUACCCAGACAUGUUGACACUCCCAUCCCCACCUGUUCUCCUUCCUUUAAGGACUCACACUCAAUACAUUCCCCAGCCCCAAGCAUGCUGACAUCUACCCCAUCCCUGGUCCCUCCUCCAGAUCCUGCCCAAUCCUUGGCUGUUUUCCUCCACCCUUCCCCUAUACACAUACCCUACAGAUGCCAGUUCCCCCAAAGCAAUCCCCUACCUAGUCCCUCCCCAGAAGCUGCUGCCCCAGGUAGGUCGACACCCAGCAUCCAUCCUCGGUUAUCUUUACUCCCACUUUCCAGUUCUAACCCCAAACGCCCUGAACUAUGACCCCUCUUCCCUAUGACCCCAUCCCCACCAAUGCCUGGAGAUUCACCUUUGGAGGGGCUGGGUGCCCUCCUCCAGAUAUCCCAAUGGUCCCCAUUCGUAUGCACAGCCUGAUAUCUGAUUACCUACCCUUUGGUGGCCAUUCACACUUCUGGGAGGGUUAGUUCUUCAGCCCCAGACAAAGUGACAUAUCUUAUCCUCAACUAUUCCCAAUCCUAGAGGCCCACCCUUGCUGGAGAUCCCCACACACUUUGCAGCUCUGUCACCAGGCAUCCUGAAUUUCCCUGUUGGGAUUCCCCAUCUUCAGUUCUCUACUGGAAAUCCCUAGCAGGACUGUGCACCUUCUCCCCAGGCCAUCUGUGACAGCCCCCUCCCCCAAGUCUCUCCUUCCCUGGGGUUUUGGUGCCCAGUGUAGAGAGAGAAGCCUGAAUGAUGCCCAGGGGCCGGGCCUGGACCCAACAGGAGAUCAGCUGCCUCCUGACCCUGAUCCAGGACUCUGGGGAGGUCACGUUGCUCAUGGCCUCCACUUCAAGGCCUAAUGAGGCCUUGUGGCAGUCCAUCUCCCAAGGACUGGGGGCAUCAGGCUACGGUCGAAGUGUAGCUCAGUGCCGAUCCAAGUGGAAGGCACUGAAGCAAGCCUUCUAUUCAGAGUGGGAGACCAGCCGCCAGGCAGGAGGUCCCUCCCCUCAGCCCCCACCCCACUACCGCACCAUGAAGAGACUAUGGAAGGCUGCAGGAAGGCCAGUUUUUGGAGAGCGUCGCCUGCCAGGUUCUGACACAAACCUUGAAACAGGACCGCCACCUUGUGCCAAGAAAGAAUCCACCCCUCCUGAGGAGAAGCAGGCCAACUCUGCCCCCUCCCAGAUUCCAGAAGAGCCUCCAGCCUUGGUGCCAGAGAUUCCAGUCAGGCCAGAUCUGGUCUCUCAAGGAGCUAGAGAAGAGCCCACCCACAUGUCAGGACUGCAAGGCCCCGGGGUGGUGAGCCUCCUCCAGAACAUGCAGGACCUUCUGGUGCAGAUCUUGCAGACAUCAAGGCAGCAGCAGGCGCUGCUCGAGAGCUUGGCCCAGGACACCAUCUCCCACCUGCACCUGCUGUCUGAUGGCCUGGGCCAGAUGGGCCAAACCUUGCAGGCACUGCUGAUGUACAGCCCUAGCUGGCAGAGUCCCCGGGCCCUGCUCAUGCCCACACCCGCUCCCACUAGAGCUCACCCCCCUGCCCUGGGCCUGCCCUCUUCUCAUACCUCCUCUGUUCCUGUUGCCCCAGCCAGCCCCUGCCUAAAGGAGGAGACCAUCCUGCCCCCACCCAGGUUUGCCCCAUUAUGAAUCUGGACCCACUCCUCCCAAGCUGUGGCAGGAGCUCAAGCCAAUAAGACAACUCUCUCUCACCUUCCUUCUACUGCUGAUGAAUACAGAGCCCCCGGUCCCCCGCCCCAAGUAGUCUAUUCCCAAGACUGGAGACUUUUAUGUAAAUGUCCUCAUAUUUUAGAAAAUAUUUAAUUUAAAAGAGAAA